UGCUCAGUUGCUGUGAGCGACUGAAAAUGGUUUAAUCAGCGCAGGAAACGGGUCUGUCCCGGGUCUCAAACGGAUUCUGUCCAUCAACUGAAGGACAGUUUCCUGGUGCAGUGCUGCCAAACCUCCUGCAGAGGGCAGUACUGGUCGACUGGUUUUGAUGAAGGCAGAAAGUGUGUGAAUGCAGCAGCAUGGAUCCGUGGGAGGACGAUAUAAUUCUUCUGCCUCGGGAACAGACGAGACGACGAGAAGCUCAGAGAGCAGAACUCCGGCCUACAGAAGGUUGUUCCGGACCUGGACCUGAAUCCAGCAGAGAGUCCUGCAGUUCCAUCUCAGCAUGCGUGUCCUGGUGCUGCAAUCUCUGCUGCGAGAGAGCCGACUCUCCCGAAUCUGAACGUGUGCCCAGACCAGAACCUGUAUCUGCACCAGGACCAGGACCGGAACUGGGAGCUGAACCUGAACGAAGACCUGAUCCUGAAGAAAGACCUGGAACUGAACCUGCACCAGGAUCCAAACUAGAGCCUGAAUCUGAACCAGGACCUGAACCAGAAACUGAACCAGGAGCUGAACCUGAACCAGAGUUUGAGCCUGGAUCUGCUCCUGAUCCCAACCCUGAACAACGUCCUUCCUCUGAUCACAACAUUCAGCUUCAAACACGUGACGAUGUAACGUCUGAGGACCAGGAUGACUUCAGGGAAGUGAUGAGCUACGGGACUGACAAAGAUAUUGAGGUAAAAUUCUGGUUGAAGGACACUUUGGAGAAUUUGGACUCCAGGGGGCUGAAGGAAUUCCAGUGGUACCUGGUGAAUGCAGAUGAAUCUGAGGAUGGUUUCAAACCGAUCCCACUGAGUCGUCUGGAGCGUGCGGACAGAUUGGACACAGUAGAUCUGGUGAUGCAGAGGUACUCCUCAAAGACCAGAGAGGUGGCCGAGACGGUUUUAAAGAAGAUGAAAAGUGAUAAAGCAGAAAAAUCCUUGCGAGAACCUUUUUUCCAGGAAGAUCCAAUCUUUCCAGCUGGUGCAACAGAGAGAAAUGCCAGGAUGAUGAGUGACUUUGUUAAGAACGUGUCUAAACAAACCCUGACGGAGUUCUUGGAGGUCCUCGUAACUGACGGUGUCGUUGAUGAGCGGGACAAGAAGUCGAUACUGGAGGAGAACCACAACAGAUUAAAUAAGGCCAGCUGCCUUGUCGACAUUGUGAUGGAAAAGGGAGAGGAAGUCUGCAAUAAGAUGAUCAAUCAUCUUCAAACCAUAAAUCCUGCACCUUCCUCUGAGCUGGAUGUGUCCCCCAGUCCAUCUGCUGAAAAAGAUGGUGGUCUGCAGGAGGUCCUAGAUGAACAUAAGACCAGUCUGAGGAGCAGAUGUGAACAUGUGACUGAAGGAACUGAUGAACCAGGAAGUAGAACCCCCCUCAACAGGAUCUACACGGAGCUCUUCAUCACAGAGGGACUGAGUGAAGAGGUUGAUACCCGACAUGAGGUGAUGCAGCUGGAGACAGCUUCCAGGAUGAAGAGCCUCCAUGACGCUCCAAUCAGGUGCCAGGACAUCUUUAAAGCCUUACCUGACCAACGUGGAGCCAUCAGAGUGGUUCUGACCAACGGCGUCGCUGGCGCUGGGAAAACCUUCUCGGUUCAGAAGUUCUCUCUGGACUGGGCCGAGGGCUGGGAGAACCAAGACGUCACCAUGGUGAUUCUGCUCUCGUUCAGGGAGCUGCACCUGAUCGGAGAUGAGCAGCUCAGUCUUCUCAGGCUGAUCCAGGUUUUCCAUCCAUCGUUCCAGAAGCUCACAGCAGAGCAGCUGGCUGCCGGGAAACCGUUGUUCAUCUUUGACGGCCUGGAUGAAAGCAGACGUUCCCUGGACUUCAACAACGGUCCGGUUGUGUCUGACGUCACACAGAGCUCAUCGGUCAACGUGCUGCUGACCAACCUCAUCCAGGGGAACCUGCUUCCCUCAGCUCUCAUCUGGAUCACUUCCAGACCUGCAGCAGCCAAUCAGAUCCCUCUGAAACACGUGGACAGGGUGACAGAAGUACGAGGCUUCACCGACGGCCAGAAGGAGGAAUACUUCAGGAGGAGGUUCACGGAUAAAGAGCGGUCCAGCAGCAUCGUCUCCCACAUGAAGACAUCCAGAACCCUCCACAUCAUGUGUCAACUCCCGGUCUUCUGCUGGAUCACUGCUACAGUUCUGGACCACAUGUUGACCACAGAGCAGAGAGGAGAGCUGCCCAAGACCCUGACUGACAUGUUCUCCCACUUCCUGCUGGUCCAGACCAAGAGGAAGAAGAACAAGUACCAGGAGGGACAUGAGACGAGUCCACAGGAGCUGACGGAGGCUGACAGGGACCUUCUCCUGAAGCUGGGGAGGCUGGCGUUUGAACAUCUGGAGAAAGGAAACAUCAUGUUCUACCAAGAAGACCUGGAGCAGUGUGGUCUUGAUGUCCCAGAGGCCUCGGUGUACUCAGGAGUUUGUACCCAGAUCUUCAGGAGAGAGUGUGAGGUCUUCCAGAAACCCGUCUACUGCUUUGUUCAUCUGAGCAUCCAGGAGUUCCUGGCUGCAGUCUACGUGCUCCACUGUUACUCCACCAGAAACACAGAUGUGCUGAAGAACUUCCUGGGAGAAGACUACGGAGACUCAUCUCUGGAUGAGUUCCUGAAGAGAGUCAUGCUGAAAUCCCUGAAGAGUAAAAAUGGCCACCUGGACCUGUUUGUCCGCUUCCUUCAUGGUCUUUCUGUGGAGUCCAACCAGAGACUGUUGGGAGGUCUGCUGAACCAGACGGAGAACGAUCCAGAAACCAUCCAGAGAGUCAUCAACAACCUGAAGGAGAUGGACACUGACAGAUUCUCUCCUGACAGAAGCAUCAACAUCUUCCAGUGUCUGAUGGAGAUGAACGACCUCUCAGUUCAUCAGCAGAUCCAAGAGUUCCUGAAGUCAGAGAACAGAUCAGAGCAGAAACUCUCUGAGAUCCAGUGUUCAGCUCUGGCCUACAUGCUGCAGAUGUCGGAGGAGGUUCUGGAUGAGUUGGACCUGGACAAGUACAACACAACACCAGAGGGUCGACGGAGACUGAUUCCAGCUGUGAGCAACUGCAGAAAGGCUCGAUUUGGUGGUUGUAAACUCUCAGAGACUCACUGUGAAGUUGUUGCGUCCGCUCUGAAGUCCAACCCCUCCCAUCUGACAGAACUGGACCUGAGUUGGGACCGGAACCUGCAGGAUUCAGGAGUGAAGGUUCUGUCUGGUGGACUGGAGAGUCCAAACUGUAGACUGGAGACUCUGAGGUUAAGGAUGUGCUGCGGUCUGUCAGAGAUCAGCUGUUCUUCUCUGGUCUCAGCUCUGAAGUCCAACCCCUCCCAUCUGAAACAUCUGGACCUGAGUUACAACAAGCUUCAGGAUUCAGGAGUGAAACAUCUGUGUGGUUUCCUGGAGAGUCCAGACUGCAGACUGGAGAAACUGAGGUUGUGGGGCUGCGGUCUGUCAGAGAUCAGCUGUUCUUCUCUGGGCUCAGCUCUGAAGUCCAACCCCUCCCAUCUGAAACUUCUGGACCUGAAUCACAACGACCUGCAGGAUUCAGGAGUGAAACAUCUGUGUGGUUUCCUGGAGAGUCCAGACUGCAGACUGGAGACUCUGAGGUUAGAUUGGUGCGGUCUGUCAGAGAUCAGCUGUUCUUCUCUGGGCUCAGCUCUGAAGUCCAACCCCUCCCAUCUGAAACAUCUGAGCCUGAGUAUCAACGAGGACCUGCAGGAUUCAGGAGUGAAACAUCUGUGUGGUUUCCUGGAGAGUCCAGACUGCAGACUGGAGACUCUGAGGUUGGAGAACUGCGGUCUGUCAGAGAUCAGCUGUUCUUCUCUGGUCUCAGCUCUGAAGUCCAACCCCUCCCAUCUGAAACAUCUGGACCUGGGCUGGAACGAGAACCUGCAGGAUUCAGGAGUGAAACAUCUGUGUGGUUUCCUGGAGAGUCCAGACUGCAGACUGGAGACUCUGAGGUUGAGGAGGUGCGGUCUGUCAGAGAUCAGCUGUUCUUCUCUGGUCUCAGCUCUGAAGUCCAACCCCUCCCAUCUGAAACAUCUGGACCUGGACUGGAACAACCUGCAGGAUUCAGGAGUGAAACAUCUGUGUGGUUUCCUGGAGAGUCCAGACUGCAGACUGGAGGCUCUGAGGUUGAGGAGGUGCGGUCUGUCAGAGAUCAGCUGUUCUUCUCUGGUCUCAGCUCUGAAGUCCAACCCCUCCCAUCUGAAACAUCUGGACCUGAGCAAGAACAACCUGCAGGAUUCAGGAGUGAAACAUCUGUGUGGUUUCCUGGAGAGUCCAGACUGCAGACUGGAGAAUCUGGAGUUGUGGAGGUGCGGUCUGUCAGAGAUCAGCUGUUCUUCUCUGGUCUCAGCUCUGAAGUCCAACCCCUCCCAUCUGAAACUUCUGGACCUGAGUGGGAACAAGAACCUGCAGGAUUCAGGAGUGGAACAUCUGUGUGGUUUCCUGGAGAGUCCAGACUGCAGACUGGAGACUCUGGGGUUGGAGGACUGCGGUCUGUCAGAGAUCAGCUGUUCUUCUCUGGUCUCAGCUCUGAAGUCCAACCCCUCCCAUCUGAAACAUCUGGACCUGAGUGGGAACAACAACCUGCAGGAUUCAGGAGUGAAACAUCUGUGUGGUUUCCUGGAGAGUCCAGACUGCAGACUGGAGACUCUGGAGUUGGAGGACUGCGGUCUGUCAGAGAUCAGCUGUUCUUCUCUGGUCUCAGCUCUGAAGUCCAACCCCUCCCAUCUGAAACAUCUGUUCCUGUAUGGGAACAAGCUUCAGGCUGCAGAUGUGGAGCAGCUGUCUGGUCUGGUGCAGAGUCCAGACUACCAGCUGCAGACUCUCAGCUGGAAAUGAUGAGAGUUAACGGGAUGGUGUUUGUGCUGAGAGGACGAGACGUGUCCUGAUCGUCCUCAGAGGUCGAAGCGGAACAAGUUUGUAAGGACAAACUCUGACUGGACCGUGAUGAUGAAGAUGAAGAUGAUGAUGAUGAUAUUUUCUGAAUUCGAGCGUUCUACAAACUUAUUGUUAUUAUAUUAUUGUUAAAAAACAGUACAUCAAAAUGUAGCCUUAAAUUUGAACUUUAUUUUCUUUCCACAUUGUUCCUCAAGUACUUUGUCUAAAGUCUGGAUGAGUUCUAGUACGGAGGUUCCUCCUACUAAUGUACUGAUGGAUAAAUGUCUAUGCUGCCGCGGCGGAGCUGCUCAGCAAAGCAGCUGUCUCCUCCACCGAGUCACGUGACUCCCCCGCUGUUUUCUUUUUAUUUACAUGUCUCCGUUUCAUUCCAAGUUUUCCUUUUGUUGUUGUUGUGUUUUCAGCUUUGUCAGGUUUUAAAGUUUCUCUCCGCAUCACUGAUGAAGAGAGAGAGUGAAGAGAUCUGUGAAAAUAACUGCAUUUGUUCAUGAAACACAAAUUAACUUGACUUGGUCAAUGAACGUUCCUCAGAGUUUGUUCCAGUAAAUAUUGUAAAUGUUUUCUGGAUAUUACGAUGAUUGUUAACACUUCAAAGAAAGUGAAAAUUCUUUAAUAAAACUU